AUGGACACCAGAUCGGGCGGCUGGAAGCCCCUGCUUCUAUCGACACCAGUUCUCUUGGGUGUCGCAGCGCUGUCACUAAUUCUUUUUGCCGUUAUUGAGACUCUUGCGCAAUUGAGUCAAGUGCGGGGAGGCCUAGCACUAUCCUCGUCUCAAGAUGAGAUAGCGACAUACGCCAUGCUCAGCUACCUCUACGUGCCCACCGUCGUUGCGGUUCUUUUCAGCAUGCUAUGGGGCUGGGUCGAUCUCGAUAUCAAGCGAAUCCAGCCAUGGAUCGAACUCUCCAAGUCGACCGGAGCGACCGCCGAGGAUUCAAUUCUUCUGGAUUAUCCCUCCGACUUUAUUGCCUUGGCACCGAUUCGAGCCGCGAAGCGCAGGCACUGGCCCGUCUUCCUGUCUGGAUUUUCCGUGGUGCUCAUCUUUUGGGUCAUGACGCCUCUGCAGAGUGCGCUGCUCGGUAUAUCUACUUCGACGCACACAAGAUCCGCCUCGGCAAUGAACAGGUCAAUGCUGCUGCCAGCCGACGAACAAGUCAUCAACAUGCGCUAUCUCAACAUGGCAUAUGCGAUCGGGUGGCUGAACCAGUCAUAUCCCGCCUUCACGGCCCGGGAUUACGCACUUCUGCCCUUCUACGUCAACGACGAUGUUGAUGAUUCUGCAUUGUCCAACAUUGAGAGAAAUUGGACCGCCGAGACAACCAAGUUGUGGGCCGAGUUUACUUGCACACCCGCCACAGUCAAGAAAACAAACAACGGGUCCCGCAACAACCCAAUGUACGACUUUCAGGGGAGAGGUUGUAGUGCGCUAUUAAUGCUCUAUGGCUCUGACUUCAAUAUCACCGUGGCCUACAUGGACAACAUACCUGACCUAAUGUACAAUAUCAGCAGUUAUGACUGCGAAAAGCCUUCGGAUACCCUCUACUCUGCCUUAGUCUAUUGGUACAAGCAGGAAGAGCGCUCGGCCGACGAAGCACCGGAAUUCAACAUCACAGCACUACAUUGCGACCUGUCUUAUCAUAAGCAGCAAGUUAGAGCCACGGUUACUUCUCGAGAUUUACAACCUGUGGAUAGCGCUAUGGAGCCGCUUUCCAAGCCGACAGAGCUCAGUUCGGAGGAGCUCUCCCUGAUGCCGUACCUGAGGUCGCUACCCCUUUUUCAGACAGCCUCGUACUCGAAUACCAGAGACUUUGUGAGCAUGCAUUUUCCUGAAAUGCGGACACUGGAGAGCGCGGAAAACAUCAGCGUCUCGCUGAAUCCCAUCUUCCGCUACUCGCUUGCCGAAAAGGGCCAAUCCGUUGAGGUGUUGAAGGACCCAUCGAAGCUCCAGGGCCUGGUGCAGGAUGUCCACAAGCAACUAUUCAGCCUUGCCAUGAUGGAUCGACUCACGGAGGAAAAGACAUCGACCAAUGACUCGGCGAAAUCAGUCUUUCAACUGACAGGCAUAGUUGUUAGCAGAGUCUUUGCUGCGGUUUUGGAAGCGCUACUGCUGUUGAUUGCCAUUGCGGCAGGCCUUGUUCUUUAUUAUUCGCGGACCUCUGCAUGCGCCUUAUACACAAACCCGUCCUCGAUCGGCCAACUGCUGGAUAUUGCCCACAACAGCCCAGAUGGGGCGAAGGUGUUUCGAUCCAUGGACACGGCCAACGAGAAACUCCUUGCGAGUAGUCUCCAAGGCAAGAGGUUUCAGCUAGGCGGCGACCGACUCUCAAAACGCAACGAACUGAUCACGAUGGAAGACGCCGAUGCAACACCUUCUGACAUGCGGCGCGGCAUGCCUCCGAGAUGCUACUUCAAGCCCAUUAAGCCAUGGGUAAUGAGGACGGGAACUGGAUGUGCUUUCGCAGCAGUUCUGGUGGCUAGCAUUGUUGUGCUGUCGGUUUUGAAGGCGAUGGAGCAGAAGCAAAACGGCUUACGUCUCCCUUCAAAUAACUUUGAGGUCCUACAACUACUCGAGAAUUACAUCCCGACCGUCAUUGCUACACUGCUCGAGUCAUUCUGGAUUUUCCUGACACGAACAAUAUGCAUCUUCCAGCCCUUCAUCGAUCUCUGUGAGGGGCAUUCUCGGCCAGCGAAGUCCAUCGAGGCCACGUAUGCCUCAGUCCCACCGCAACUGGCACUCUUCAAGGCAAUCAAAUCUCGGCACAUCAUGCUAGCCCUGCUCUGUCUUGCUGCUCUCCUCGCGGAUGUGCUAGCUGUCAGUCUGAGUGCAACGUUUAAUGAAAAGCCCGUGGUGGUCGAAUACGCACAGGAAUUCCAGCCUUUAUACGAGUCACAAUUCAACAAUGAUGUGAUUCAAGAAAACACCGGGGUAGGCAGUCAAGGUUACGGAGACUUCCUAGCUAUGACACUGGCGAACAUGUCUUACAACUCACCAUUAUCGCCAUGGGUAUCAACCGACUACUUCUUUCUACCACAUUCCAUUGUCAAGGCAGACAAGGCGACACCUAGCGACGACUACACAGUGCGAACCAGAGGGCUCGGGGUCGAUGCCAAUUGCACAUCGAUACCAGCUUCGACUUAUACUAUCCACGAGGUUGAUGCUGAGGAAGAUGAUGAGGGCGACACUUCUUCAGUGUGUGCAUUUCGCCCUGAUAACCUUUUAAAAAAUUUCUUUGCAGCCGCCAUCCAGUGGCCAUCCAGUGAACCAGCUACAAUGAUGGAUGUCGCUCGCACGACUACUGACGACUUGAGCGUACCUUGCACUCCUCCAUUCUCCGUGGCUUGGGCCAGAGCACCGAAGGGAGCAAAGAAAAAUGCCACCAUGUCUUAUAGCUACGCUCAGUGCCAACCAAUCUUGAAAACGGCCAUGUUCGACGUCACCGUUAACGAGGAGGGCUAUGUUCUCGAUUACCAGCGUGUCGGCAAGAUUGAGUCGACUUUGAACUAUACCAAGGCGAGCAACCACACGAAAUUGCUCUUCCUGAUAAUGAACAAAAGUUUCUUACUCACGAACUCAAGGUGGAGAAACAAUACCAGCACAUCGAGCUGGUUGUCCGAGUUCAUCGCCUGGGAGACUGGAUCCAGAGAUUUCCUUGAUCCAAAUCUCCCGGUUCCAGACGCAAGCAAGCUUACGCCGGUAAUAACCAAACUCUACAGCCGAGCCUUUUCCGCCUUCCUUGGUGUUAAGCCGGAUUUUUUGGAGGCGGCAAAGCAAAAGUCGUCUAUUACAGGGACGAGAUCUGCUUCGGAGACUCGCAUCGUUUUGGAUAAUACUGCUUUUAUCAUAUCCAUUACCAUACUUUGCAUCGAUCUUGUCAUUGCGUUGGCCUACUAUCUGCCGAAAAACCUUUACAUCUUACCACGAGUCCCGACGACAAUUGGGUCAGUUCUGUCCUAUAUUGUAACAAGUCGAGCGGUUAAAGACGGAACUCCUCCCUCGGGAUGGAAAGACCAAACUUUCAGUUUCGGGAGAUAUGUAGGGUAUAACGGGAAAAGCUAUGUGGGCAUUGAGUUGGAUCCAUUCGUCCUACAUAGGGACACGUCUUUUAAGAAGACAGGGACUUGA